GCCGGAGAAGGCCAAGGCAUCUAGGUUGCGGUGGGCUUCGAGAACCGACUCCUGCUUGAGGAUCUCGAUCUUUCACAGAGGCUUCUCCACUGGCACCUCCCCAUCCAUCAUCGGAAGUAUGCAUGUUUGCAUGUACCUUCCAUCUGAAUUCUAUCCAUAAGGGACAUCAUGGUUGAUGACUUUGCCCAGGGUUUUGGUUUGGCAACUUUCCCCAAUCCAUCAUUUGUCCAUGACUUCAUUUGUUUUGCACUGGGAGAGGGAUCUCAAGUUGAAGGCAUUUGCACAAUUAGAAUGGCAAAAGGAUUAAUAUGGGCAACCACUGAAGACUUGGCAAGGAACCGAGCAAAGGUUUUGUCAUUGUACCGUCAGAUAUUGAGAAGCCUCAACUCCCCAGAACUCCCACUCACCCAUGCGGCUCGUCUCGCCAAGAAAGCAGAGGUCCGCAGCAUCUUCUUGUUCGGAGCUGAAGAACGUUCUCUCCACAACAUUGCUGACCUCAUUGAUGCUGCUAAUUACUCCCUUUCCAUCCUUAAGCAGGGCCGCCUCCCAUAGUGUACAAAUGUCCGUAUGAACUCUUGUUUGUCCUCUCACUCUAAUCUUUGGAACUGUCUUAUGGCUUCAUUGUAUUAUGUCCUUUGAACGAAGUGUUGUGAAACUUGUUAAAAUAUGCACUUUAGUGAGGAUUCUUAAGCUGUAAGUUGAUAUCAUAUAUGCUUUGUAGCAGAUCCAUCGGAGUCCGACGAAGUGAUCCUGCAGUUCAACAUGCAAGAACAUUUUUUUUUAAAUAAACAUAAAACUAAGCAAUUUGACUAGAUUAAAGUUGAGAUUGCUAAAACUGUUUAUUC